CUGAGGAUGAGUUUCAGUUUCUAUUCUUCCUUACCAUGGCAGCAGUUUCAUUUCUUCACUAUCACCUUGAGAGUGUAUAAAAAGGUGGGCUGAGCAGUCUCUGGACUGGAAUUCUCACCAGAAGAAAGCAGCAUGGCUGACCAGAACGUCCGCAACGCUGGGUUCACUCCCUCUGGGAUCACAGCAGGAUCCCUUGCUUCAUCACUGAUGUCCCAAGAAGCAAGAGCCUCUGGGGGAGGUGUGCCUUCUGGAGGCCCCACUUCUACUCUCCAGGAACUGGGUGCCAGAGGCACAACCCAUUCAUCAGGUUAUACCAGCAGUGGGAUCUGGGGUGGAUCCAGGGCUUCCGACACGAUGUCCAAGGAGGCCGUGUCUCAUGGAGGUGGAGUUCCCAGAGGUGGAACGACUUCCACUGUCCAGUCCAUCUCCAUGGGUGGAAAAGGAGGAAGACGCUGAAUAGAAGAAGAACAUCAGUGCAGAAAUAAACUCUGCAAGCAGUUCAUCCUUCACCAUUGGUUUUGACAAUUUCUCCCCUUCUGUGAUCUCCCUGUUAUGAAAAGCAAAACUUUCCAUGUGCACAAAUAAAAUUUCUGUUAAAAUUAUGGAUUCUUGCAUUUAAUUAAUGGGGACAGAGAUGAGGGGCAGUUCUUUCCUUGACUAAAUCUUCUCUGGAGCACAUACAAACACAAAACAAUGGAAGCUAAGGUACUUGGACUGCAAGGCUGACCUAGGAAAAUCCUGGGUUUAGCCACACUAGGCUCUUCAAUUGCAAGCAACUUGCCUUGUUUAUCUUACAAAAAAAGAGUAAUUACAGUGCAAAAGUCACCCUGUUGUGAGAGACAAGCAUAGAAACACUCAGUAAGGGGCAUCCAGCAGUUUCUUCUAGAGGUACUUCUAAUAGGCUAUCAAAUGAAAUACUACUUAAUAAAGGAGACAUAUAAGCAAA